AUGCAGCAACCACAGCAACAAGAAGCAGCGGCCGCAAACGCAGCGCAAGCUUCAUUAUUAUCACAAACUUUGUCCACCACAUCAAAUAUUCCCACAAAAAUAUCAUCCGCAACAGCAUCAACAACUCUCCCAUCGACGAAGAUCAAUAGUAACAAACCCAAAGCAAAAAAAGCGUUUAAUCUCGGUAUUGAUAAAAUCUUCAAUUUUAUGGCCGCUCCACUUUCUCCCUCGAACCCUGAACCUGAUGAUCCUAGCGGCGUAGGGGGGAAUUACUAUUGUUCAUGUAGGUGUUUCGCAUGUAAUCGAUGCUUUGAACGUAGUUUAAAUAGCGGUAAAGUAUCAAAUGACUUUGGCGGUGGGGGUAGAUUUUUCGCUUCCUUGUAUCAUCCUGCCGCGCCGUCAUCUUUAGAUGAUCUGGAUGAAUCAUAUCUGAUUAAUACCCAUGCACCGCUUGAUAUUUAUGGGCUUCGCUAUUUACUAUUAUUGGAUAGAUUCUCAAGACAAGACGAUUAUCGUGAAUCGUUGCAGCUGCACACACAUUUACUUGGUAUUGCUUUAGCCACGCGAGUCUAUCAGUCAAUGAAUGCAUCUUACGCGCAUUUACAUGAUCUAUUUAAAAAUGAACAACGUGCAGAAUUCGCUGCUGCAUAUAAUUAUUUGCAAGAUAGUCAAGAUGCGAUUCUUGAAUACGCGCUUGCCGCACCGCAAUCAAAAUCGAGUUUUUUGGAUUACAUAAGUUUUAAGGGUAGCAAGACAGUGCUGGAAUUUGUUUCAUUUGUAAGGCAGAAUCCAGGAAUUGGAAUCUUUGGGCCAUCUACCUUUCCACAAGAGGAUCGAUUACGAUUAAAUCUGUGGACUGCGAUUUUUGUGAAACUCAUUGCAGAUAAGAAAGGUGAAAAGUUUUUAUUGGAUGUAUUGGAUAGAUAUGUGCAUCUAUCACCUUGGACUGCAAAGCGAGCAUUUGAGAUGCAACUAAUGAAGAUAUUGCAACAGGGUGAUCUUUUACUUGAAACUGUAACAAACGAACAGAUUCCCAAGGAUGAAUCUUAUACGGCAUUCUCAUUACCAUUCUUUGGGAUACUUGGUAAUAACAACAAUGGAAAUACAUCAUCGAACAAUGCUACUUCUCAGAUUUCUAGUCCAAUGGUAUCAACCUUUGAACAAGCUGAAUCAUCCUCACAAAAAGAUCACGGAAAGACAUAUUCAUUAGAAGAUCAAAAUUUGGACAUUGAAAAAUAUCUUGAUAAUGCGUGUAUAGGACUACUUCAAGUUCUAGAUCGUGAAGACGUAAUUCCGGCACGUGUCUUGAUUUUAUCUAGAUCUAUAUUGAAUCAAGUUCCGGAGGAGUCACGCCAUCAUGCCAGUGUAUUUUUAAUAGUGCAGUGGUUCUUUCAUCGUUUUAUUGGACGGGCUAUUACUUAUCCAGAGCAUUACGGAAUGUUUGAAGAAUAUUAUAUCUCGGAGACUCAACGAAAACAUAUUCUAUUCAUGAUACAACAAAGACUGUAUCGUUAUAUCACUGGAAUCACGGAUGCUGUUCCCGAAUGGGCACGUAAGGAAAUCCAAAUCGAUGGAAAAAUAAAAAAACUAGUGGAAAAAAUAGUCGCGAGAUUUUCCGAUGAUACAAAUUAUCCGGAAAUAAAUGAAACAUUUUCAUCAGUACCACAGAUGGCAACCCCUGCUUUAAAAUCAGCAGCUGGAACUCCUUACCCUUCUAUGUCACAAUAUCCCUCCACAAUUACCCCGAAUUUAUUGCUGUGUCCAUCUGAUCUUACGACAUUAUUUUACUUCUUAUGUCCACGAUAUCGUCCUCAGCAGCGUGUAUCAAGACCAAACAUGUCGCCGAAAAUCUCUAAAUGGAAUACUGGAAGUGCAUAUCAAUCACGUACAAAUUCACCUCGUCCCUCUUCAACAUUAAGUAUGGCAUUGGAUGAAAAAAUUUCUCUCUUUUUUCCAACACACAGUGACUCGAGUUCAGUAUCUUCUAACUCAAGUGGUGAAUCUUCGUGUAUUAUUGAUGCGCAGAUGACGGCAUCACCUGGUGUUUUGAAUAUUAACACAGAACAACAUCAUAGUCCCAUACAUCGUAGCAACCAUUCCCGAGCUUCGAGUUUAAUUGAUGACACUGAACCUAUACCGCAAAUUUAUGAAGAUAUGAAAAAUGCUAUUGAUGAAAUUACUCGGCAUUCUGGACAUAAGCCUAACGCACUUCCUUCUGCCGAACCAUGGGCUUUGUUGUAUGUUUCACGUGAUGGUUCUGAAAUUUUAUUGUCGGAUCCUGCAUUGGCAAUAGACACAUCCCAGAGUAAUCAAUUGACAGUGACCACACCUAUCGUUCGGGGCCAUUUAGGCUCAUAUGGAAGUAGUGGUGAGCUUUCUGAUCUAGAAUUGGAUAUGCAAUUGGAUGAUGGUGACGAAUUGAAUGAAUUACUGACCGAAGAAGUAAGAACAAUAGGGCGAGCUUUAUUCCGCAUUCUUAGAGAAUAUGAUUUUGUUGGUGCAUUUGACAAUGUAAAUCGUAAUGUAGAUUCAAGCGUAGCAAAUGAAUCAAAACAAAACGCAGAAGAAUUAUCCACGUCACCAAAGACCAAAUCAAACAAAUCAUUUAAUUUUGCGAGAAAGAUUCAUGGAGAUUCACCGACUACUAUUACAAUUUCAUCGCUUCUUUCUAAAGCAAUUCAAACGGCACAAUCACAUAAAGAUUAUGCUGCAGCACUUUCAUACCAUCAAGCGCUUACUUUACUAUUGCAUCAACCACUUCAUCUUACCCACAAUAAUGCAGCGGGUCUUAUUGCACUUUUGGCCACCCCUUUACGGCGUGCUCAGCAUCGUCGGCAUAUGCGAUAUCAAAAACGACGACAUUGGGCUGUAUAUGCGCAUGAAGUUCAUAUACGAUUAGUUCAAUGUUUAUCUCAAAAACGUGAUAUGCUAUCCUCGUUGAGGUUGCGGAUGUGGUACACCUCGGAAAUUCGAACCUCGAAAAUUCUGGAAAAAUCAAAAAUAAUCUUGAAUGAAAUUUCAUUACCAUCAAACAAACUUUCAAGAUGCAUGAAAAAGUCGAACUCUUCUGGGAGUGCUAAUAAUAAACAUAAGUCAACCUCAAAAUCUUUCGAAGAAUGGCCACCGCCAUUAUCCGAACACGAUUCAGAAGUCGUAGCGCGAUGGUUGCAUGAGACUGGUGUGUAUAACUUCAUUCCUUGUGAAGAACGGUUUCAUCGUUAUUGCAUAGAAAUCAAUGCGAUUCGCGCUAAUGUAAUGCAGACAAUGUUAUGGACUAGUGAUUUAUUUCGAAAGGAGGCAAUGGUUUUCAAGAUGGGAUACUUUAUCAAUAGAGAGGAAAGAGAAAAGAAUAAAAGAUACAGUGGACUGCAUUAUCAGCUUUUUAACAAUAAUCUGCCUAGUCAUCAUCAACACACAUAUCCCGGUGGGGAAACAAUACGACGACAGAAUAGCCUUGUAGAUGUUUUUAACUUAAAUCUACCCAGACGAGAGAGACGUGGAAGUGCUUCAGCAAUUGGAAGUGGACCAACAGUGUCCAGUGGCUUGGGUACUUUAUUGGGUGGUGGUAUACCUAGACGUGGCAGUAGUAGUAAUCUUGGAAUGUAUCCGGCCAAUUUGUAUAAUGUAAUCGAAGGCCAAGCUAUUGAUGCUACAGCCCAUCAACAGAAUCGAGGAUUAAGAGAACAAUUAAUUGAUGGAUUAUUACCUUCUUAUGAGCUUUAUACACCACCUAUGAAUUUACCACCAUCUUUUCUAAUUAGUAAGAGAAAUUUUGGAAGCUCCUCGGCUAUGGAUGAAUUCACUUUACAAACACAAUUGAAACUGACCGGACUUUUACUAAGUGAAUUUGGGAAAGCUUGGUAUGGUGGUUGUGAGACAGAUGAAUGGUUCGAAGAGUUUAUUGGUGAUAUUGGUAUACCAAAGGAAGUUGUUGUUGGGCCAAUAAAAGAAGGAAUAUCGGUUAACGGUGAAGAUGAUGAUGUUUUAGGAGGAAAAGGCAUUGAUAUUCCGAAACUUCCAUCUAAAAAUUUAGAAACAUUGACUACAAAGCUUGAUUUAUCAAUGCCAAUUAACAUUCCAGAUACACCAGAUGUUCCAAUAGUCUCAGCAGAAUUUACGCUUUUAUCUUCUCCCUAUCAAAAACUUCACGCGUUGUUUGCCAUCGAAAUGUUAGUUGUCGCCUCCUUAUCAUUCGCACCCCCUUUGCCUCACUUAUCAUCAGCUCUAUCAACACCUACUUCGGCUCCUUUAUCGCCCGCGCUUAUUGCUUCACCCUUACUUACUGCCGUUCCUUCCACUCAAGCCAUGACACCUGGAACAGAUUCAAUAGUUAAUGAGCUUGAAAGAUUAUUUCGUCAAUCCAGUAUUCGUCCAAGACAUUUGUUUCGUGAUAUGCAAUUAAUUGCUACUUUUGUGCCUGGAGUGAUCCUUGAUCUUCGUGAUGAAGGGAAAGCUUUCUGGGAUAUGAGCUUAGCGGUUUCUAGUCUAAAGAAAGAAGUAACGGAAAAAGUUGUUGAACGUGGAAUUAAGGUUAUGGAUGGAGGUAUUACCCAGCGUGAUGCUCUCAUGCGGAUGGAAGCAGAGAAAGAAAAUGAUGAAUUGUUUGAAGAAAGUUUCUUCGAAGAUGAUGAUUCGGAAACGAAAACACAAAUGGAAGCUGUUCGUCUUUUUACUAUUGCCAAAGAAUCUAAUCCUCUUGCACAACGCGAGCUCGCUAUUCUCUAUCUUUCUUUGCCAACUCUUCCUCGUUCUUCAUCACCACCGCCGCCACUUUACUAUCCCACAAAUUCAAGCAAUGGAAAACUAUCAUUGCGUCACCAGAUACAUGGCAACAGUAGCACGCUUCAUUCGACAAUAUUUGGCAGUUUUAGUGCAUUAUCAACCUCAACCCCUGUUCUCACUUCCUCGCCAUUUUCAACCCAUAACUUUGAUCUUUUCUCUCCAACGAAAGACAAGCAAAAAUAUAAUCCAACAAAUAUCGCAGCAGCAAUACAUUGGUUCCAAUUGGCGGCACAACAAGGUGACAAGUUCUCGGAACGAUGGCUCAACCAUCGUGAUGGAAGACAGGUUGGCGAGUUGGCCGGGGCAAAAUUCUUUGUGGGAAGCGAGGAUAGUGAGGAUGGGCGUAAUUUACUCAAUGGCUGA